GUAUAAGACGGCGGCGUUCCCAGGACUGGAGACGUUUGGCUCCCUCCUGUGUCUGGAGCAGGGAUCAGACCAGGCCCUCCGGAGUCCCAGCGGAACAGAACUUUCCUCUGUCUGGCAGCCCCCCGAGAGGCUCAGAGAGGCCACCAUGGCAGGACACCUUUUCCUUCCCCUGCUGAUUCUGCUACUGUCCUUAGUCCUGGGAUCUGCAGGCCAGGAAGCCCAGGAUGACAAGAGUGGGGAGAAAAUUAUUAAUGGGGUCCCAUGUCCACGAGGCUCCCAACCCUGGCAGGUGGCCCUGCUCAACGGCAAUCAGCUCCACUGCGGAGGGGUGCUGCUCAACCAGUGGUGGGUGCUCACCGCCGCGCACUGCAUGAUGAGCCAGUACAACGUGCACAUGGGAAGUGACAGUCUGAGUGAUGCUAUGGGCCAGAACAUCAGGGCCACAAAGUCAUUCCGCCACCCCGGCUACUCCACGAAGACCCAUGUUAAUGACAUCAUGCUUGUGAAGCUAAGUAGACCCGCCAGACUGUCACCCAGCGUGAGGAAAGUCAACCUGCCCUCCCGCUGUGACCCCCCGGGGACCACAUGCACCGUUUCUGGCUGGGGUACCACCACCAGCCCUGCUGUGACCCUCCCAUCGGAGCUCAUGUGCACGGAGGUGAGGCUCAUCUCCGCCCAGGACUGCAGGAAGGUCUACAAGGACCUGCUGGGAAACUCCAUGCUGUGCGCCGGCAUUCCCGGCUCCAAUACCAACGCCUGCAAUGGUGACUCAGGCGGACCUCUGGUGUGCAGAGGUACUCUGCAAGGCCUGGUGUCCUGGGGAACUUUCCCUUGCGGUCAACCCAAUGACCCGGGUGUUUAUACCCAAGUCUGCAAGUACAUCGAUUGGAUAAACCAGACCAUGAGAAGUCAUCGUUAAUCUCACCAUACUCCCAUCUCUCCAUCUAUGCGUCCUGGAACAGGAGAUUCCCAGAAAUAAGGACAUCAAUGAGUUAUAGUCAUAUUUGACUUUACCUUUCAAAGACAUAUUAAAACCUCAACAAUA